AUGAAGGAGGAAGAGACAGCACUAAACUCUCCCGAUAAAGAUAUUAAAGGAGCUUAUUUAAGUCAAGUUACCUAUUACAAAUUUAUGUCAAUUUCUCAAGCAUUAGCUGUAUUUUUGUCAGCUGGAAUGUUUGUAGCGGCUAACAUGUUCAAAUACCUAACCCAUUCAUUUCUAGAAGGAGAAGGUUUCAUGUAUGACAUUUGGUUUCCUUUUGAUGAAAUCAACCACGAUGGUGUGGUAAUAUUAGCAAAUAUAAUAAUGGUAACAUUGGGGUAUUUCUUGAAUAUUGCUUCACGUUUAACUCCACAAACUUUAAUAAUUUUUAUUAAUGCUCAACUUCAAAUUUUACAAAUCCGUAUUCGUAAAGUAUUCACAAAUAAUGAUGAGGAAAAGAUACGGUUGUUCAAUGUUAAGAAACUUGUAGAGAAGCAUCAGAAAAUAAUACGAUUUGUGACAUCGUUAAAUAAUUCAAUAAAAAAUGUAAUUUUUAUGGAAUUUGUGUUGAAUUCAGUGAACGUUGCUGCUGCUUUACUGCGGAUAAUAACGGCCAAAAAUAUUGUUGAAAUUGCAUUUUCUUGCUUACAUCUAACAGUAGUGCUUAUUCAAAUGGUUGCAUUGGCGUGGAGCACGAAUGAAUUGAACAUUCAGAGUGUUAAAAUUGCCAGUGCAGUUUACGAGAGCAAUUGGAUCGAUCAAAGUGAGGAAAUAAAAAAAAUAUUGUACAUUAUGUUGAUGCGAGCACAAAAACCACUAGCUUUAACAAUUGGCCCUUUUAGACCUAUUAAUGUUGAAGCAGCUGCAAUAGUAAAGAUUAAUUACAAAGUGUGUCUGUAUUUGAAAAACAAGAUACCUGAAAUGUUUUUCACUGUAAUUGAGAGAGAAGAGAAAAUAUUGGAAACUGAAGAAAACGAUGUUAAGUUAAUAUACAAUAAACAAAUACAAUAUUAUAAGUUGGCAACUUUUUGCCAAUGCUUUUGUAGCGGAUUUGGAAUAUCUUGGUUUAUCCUAGUAAACUUAAUCAGAAAAUACAUUCAAGGAUAUCAAGAACAUUUCAUGUAUGAACUUUGGUUUCCUUUUAAUAAAGAAAAAAACGACAAUCUCGUCACAGCUUAUAAUAUUUUUAUAGCAAUUUAUGGGUUUUUGUUUAAUUGUGCUGUUCAAACGCCUUUGCAAACUUUGAUGGUAUUUUCUACAUCGCAAUUGCGCAUAUUGCAGCUGAAAUUGAGGAAUGCUUUUGCUAGAAAGUUCAUUAGUGAGCAGGAAAAAAUUGAUUAUGUUAAAGGAUUAAUAAAGGAUCAUCAGUUUUUGAUCCAGUUUACCAAAACUUUAAAUGAUGCUGUUAAGUAUAUAAUAUUACUGGAAUUUGCUUUGGAAUCAAUUAAUGGAGCAGGUGCUCUUCUCCAAGUGGUUUCGGUUAGAAGCAGAAUUGAAAUACCAUAUUCCCUGUUGUACUUGACCCUUUUGGUAAUUAAUUUGAGUGUUAUUACCUGGAGUGCUAAUGAAAUUAUAGUGCAGAGUUGUGAAGUAGUAAAUUCAGUAUAUGAGAGUAACUGGAUGGAUCAAAGCGAGUCGAUUAAAAAGUUGCUGUACAUUGUCAUGAUGAGGGCUCAGAAACCUUUAUCCAUAGAUGUUGGCCCGUUCAGGCCUAUGGAUACCCAGGCCGCUCUAAUGGGUUUUUACUCACGGUUACAUUGUGACACAACAAUACACGUUCAAUCGUAACCGAGACUGAACUAUAAGGCUAUCAAACGCCAGCCUAAACCUUCUAGUUGGACGGUUAUACAAGCCUUCCAGACUGUAAAUUUGAACCGUAAGAUUGGUUUGACCAUCUAAUCACAACCAGUAGCCAGGACUAAUCUUGUUAAUUGUAUCUACUACUACCACCUGGAACAUUUUGGUAUCGUACUAGCUUUAAUUAUCCCAUCUAUAUUUUAUUGUUUAUUUACAUUCUGUCCCUAUUUUGUACGCCACAGUGAUCACUAAGGUAUUUCAGGGAGUAAUUCAGUGCUUGUCCCAAUGUGGCAAAUGAAUUAUUAAUAUAGGUAAUUUAGCUAGACAUAACCUGAUUCAGUUGUUACUUAUGUCAACUUACUUGUAGUUCUGGUUACAUCAGUGUAAGAUAACCGCUCCGAGAACUAAUUCUUUAUUUAUUGUUUUUCCUAUUUCUUAAACCGGUCCCAGACAUUACGUGUAUUCGGCGAAUAUUUGGUAUUCGGGCUUAUUCGCGUAGCGUGUGGGAAGGUAACUUUGGCGAAUAUUCGUCCUGCGCCAUUUUCCCGCCAAUUGUCGGUAAACUGGCACGAAGCAAAGGAAGGCGAAGUAGAGGCGAAGUCCACUACGUGUGACUUCGCACUGCUCCCAGACGCGUCGGGGGUAUAUGCAUAGUGCUUUGUCAGCUUAUAGCGGUGUGCAGUGCCGCAAGGUUGAUUGUUGCAUUUUUAGUUAUUUUUAAUUAAAAUAAGAAAUAGAGUGGACCGAUCAAUUAACGUUAGAAUUUUUACAAUUAUUUGAAAAUGAACCUGUCAUUUGGAACCCAAAGAUACCUGCUGAAAAUGAAACAAGUAGCGGCGGCAACAAUCUGCUCUUCAUCACUGUCCAUUUGAACUAAACAAACGUCAUGCAUGAAACGCCACUGAAAAUCGACGGCCCUCUGCUUCGAAACUUCGCCAAACAAUUUUCAAGCCAAGCUUUCGCCAUAGCACCACGUGGUGUGAGAGAACAGGCAAAGAUUCGUGCGAAUGACGAAUAUUCGCCUAUUCGCCGAAUACAUGUAGCGUCUGGGACCGGCUUUAUAUUUUAUAUCUUCAACCCUUACAUAUUUUUU